CUAGCAACAAGCCGCAGCAGCAGAAUCCUCAAGGAGCUUUCUAGCCUUCGUUUGCUAGUGAGACUAAUUUAGGACAUUUAAACGCUUAAACUCGACUAUUUCCAUCAUGGCGACGACGCUGUACCCCGAAGAGAGUAUUUAUAAUUAUUUACCUGACAUAUUUCCCGCCGAAAAAAAGAUAAAGUAUAAACCCAGAUACUUACCGGUACUCAGUAUGGAGGACAAAGUGCGGAAGAAAACUAUGAAAACGAUGGGCCCAGCUAAAGUCGAGGCCCCAUCUCCAGAUAAAUACCUCAAGAAGCAUUCCAAAGAGCCCAAACUGCCUGAAAAAAAAGAGCAUAGUCAUCGCACAUGCACAUGCACAACAAAGAAACCGCGAGUCCCCUUGAGGUCCGAACAUCCACAAAUGCAGCUAAACACUCAGAAAAACUUCUUGAAACCCACUGCAACAGUGCGGCCAAAGUCGCAUGAGGCCAUUUCUGUCGACACCAACCGGGGCCACAGGGCGCCCCUGGAACAUUCCGGACUGGUCCCAAAAUACAUCAAGAAAAAGAGUUACGGCAAAGUUCCCGUGUACCUACAGCACCGCAUCCAGGAAAUGGAAAGAUCUACAGAGGACCACAACAUGUAUGUGAAGGACAGAAGCCCCAUGAGGCAGCUGUCGGAGGAGGAACGACAAGAUAACUUGGAGCGCCUGAAGAGAACCUUGGCCGAGGUAAUGGAGAAGUACCAGCGUAUGCCGGUGGUGGUGGACACGCUGAUGAGGAAGACCCGCAAGGAGCAACUGGAGGAGGAGAUGACGCAGCUGGAGAGCGAUGUCUUCCUUUUUGAGAAGUUUAAGACCAUCUACAUCGCCAAUUAGAGGAAGUUUCCAAACUUUGGUGGAGAUGUUUGUGUGCUCAUUAAUACGUUUCCAUUGACAAUGAUAGACAUCCAAUCCAUUUUAAUUUUGGGGGGGGGUCUGUCAGCAAAUGAAUGUGUUUUUUUUUCUGAAGACAUGGAACUGUUGAAUUGUUGAUGGUUUGCUCCCAAUUUACAGGCUUAAUCAAUUUCUUUUAACUGAUAGUCCUCGAUCUGAUGGGAGGAAGAACUGGUUUGCUCAAUGGAAGGUUGACUCGCACCUGGUAUGAGGGAAUACAACAGACCAAUGGGCAACGUGCUCUCAAAAUUUUGACCUGUUUAUAAAACAUGCUGUCAAAAUGAGAAGAGUUUUGGACGAGAAUUUGCUAAAUUAUUAGCUUGCGAGCUUAGAUGCAGUGGUAUGAAAAAGUAUCUGAACCUUUUUCAAUUUUUUACAUUUCUGCAUAAAAUCACCAUCAAAUGUGAUCUGAUAUUUGUCAAAAUCACACAGAUGAAAAAAAAAACAGUGUCUGCUUGAACUAAAACCCCCCAAACAUUUAUAGGUUUUCAGAUUUUAAUGAGGAUGGUAUGCAAACAAUGACAGAAGAGGGAAAAAUAAGUAAGUGACGUCUUUGGUGGACGGCCAUUCCUUGGGAGAGAAGCAACAGUGCCAAACUCUCUCCGCAUUUGUAGACAACUUCUCUGACUGUCGAUUGAUGAGCAUCCAGACUUUUAGAAAGGGUUUUGUAUCCUUUCCUAGCUUUAUACAAAUCAACAAUCCUUGAUCGCAGGUCUUCAGACCGCUCUUUUGACCAAGCCAUGAUGCACAUCAGACAAUGCUUCUCAUCAAGACAAUUCUUACCAGGUGUGUGCUUUAUAGUGGGCAGGGCAGCUUUAAACCACUCAUCAGUGAUUGGGCACACACCUGACUAAAAUUGUUUGGUAAAAAUUGGUUUCAAUUGCUCUUUAAGUCUCCUUAGGCCAGGGGUGGGCAAACCGGUCCUCGAGGGCCGCAAUGGGUCCUGGUCUUUGUUCCAACUGAUCCAGCACAGAGCUUUUAACCAAUUAGGUUUCAAUGGAAAUAAGAAGCACCUGAUUGCAAUCAACUGAUUGCACUCAUAACACACCAGAUUGGUGAAAAGGUGUCCUCUUGAUGGGUUGCAGCAAAAACCCGCACCCACAGCGGCCCUUUGUGGAAUAGUUUGCCCACCCCUGCCUUAGGCAGAUGGUUCGCCUACUCAUUUCCCCCCCAGUGAUUCAUGCCAGAUAUCCCAGGAAUCUGACUGAACUAAAGCAGUUUUGUAAAGAAGAAUGGGCCAGGAUUAGUCCUGAUCCAUGUGCCACACUGAUCUGCAGCUACAGGAAGCGUCUGGUUGAAGUUAUUGCUGCCAAUGGGGGGCAAAAAAUAUUAAAUGUGAUGGUUCACUUAUUUUUCCCCUCUCUGGCAUUGUUUGCAUACUAUCCUCAUUAAAAUAUGAAAAUCUAUAAAUGUUUGGGUGAUUUUGGCUAAAGCAGAUACUGUUUUUUCAUCUGUGUGAUUUUGACAAAGAUCCCAUUUGAUGGUGAUUUUAUGCAGAAAUGUGAGAAAUUCCAAAAGGUUCAGAUAAUUUUUCAUACCACUGUAUAUUGUUUUGAAUUGGGAAAAAAAUGGUUUAUACGUUCAGUAAAUCCACAUGUAAAACUUGUGGGGUUCGGUCCCUUUCACAAGGUUAAGAACCACUGAUAUAGUUAAUAUGAAUACAAAUAAAUAUGAAUUAAUAACAAGAAUAAAAGUGUUGUUUCCGAUUUUAUCCACUAGAAAUCGCGCUAACACUUUUGGCACAUGGUCUCGUUAGAAUUUUUUAGUUUUAUGCACAGUACUGUAUGUGCAAAACUGCUGCUAUAAAUAUGUAUUUCUGUUCCUCAAAUUACAGGCAGACUAAGAUCGUAUGUAAUUAAUGAUAAAUGUAAAAACUGACAAUUCACUGCCAGUCAAAAGGGAUUAGACCUCUAUUCCCGUCAAAUGCAGCGAGGGAUUUCACACUAAUUAUAACGCUUCAGCUGUUCACCACUUUGUGAUCGACUGCAUGAGUAAAACAAUUCUUUCAGUGGUGUUGGCGAUUCAUCCUGCUGUGAAUUGAAAUGAGUUCUUCACU